AUGCAGUUGUUCCUCCUCAUCGCUGGGUUAGCCCUACAGGACGACGAUACGUUGUCACGGACGACAGGCUCCGUAGUACUCCAGGUGGGAGCGUUGGAACUGUUGGCUCGAUACUCUAUGAACUCUGGUAGAGCUACCAGCGUUCUAUCGUCACUGUACGAGUUCAGGACCCAGGAAUUAGAACAGACCGGCGGAAACCAGUGGAAUUGGAAGUACUUAAGGCAAAUACAGUGGAAAUCUACUUAUUUAUCUAUGGGUAUGUACGUAUUGAGGAUAGCAGUUCCGGCUGUCUCGUUCUGGAAGUGUCUGUACUCUCCGCUUAAGAAGAGGUUUUUUCUAAUUCCCAUUAUUGUUACAUUUGUACUUACUGCUGAUCUUGUAAUCUCAGAUAUAACCGUUCCCAUAUUCUCGUCGUACGAAGGCAUGUCCUUGAGGCCAGCUUAUUCAACGAUGGCCCUUCUAUCAGUGUAUAUAUUCUUACCGAUGAGGAAUAAUUACCUCGCAAUAUUCUUGGGAGUUAUAGUGAGCGUUGUAUAUAUCUUCGUGUUUGCUUUCUCUACCUAUUUUGAGGACCCUAAGGUGGAGCUGGUGGUUGCAUGCGAGGUUAUCUUCUUAAUUGGUGUCAACCUUAUGGGCAUUUAUUUUAGACUGAUGAACGAGAUAGUCACGCGACGAUCGUUUUUAGACAGGCGGGCGUGCGUUGAGAGUACUUUGCGUCUGAAAUUUGUUAAAGAUCAAGAGGAACGUCUUAUGUUAAGUAUUUUGCCUGAACAUAUCGUAUCAAGAGUGCGCCAUGAUAUCCGAAAUAUGUUCUUGGAUAUUCGGUCACAAAGCCACAGCCAUAAUAUGAAAUCUUUUAGCCAAUUAUAUGUUGAAGAACAUGACAAUGUUAGCAUUUUAUAUGCGGAUGUAGUUAAUUAUACAAAAAUAUCAACUACCUUGUCACCGAUGCGAAUGGUAGAGCUACUAAAUGAACUGUUUGGGAGGUUUGACGAGGCUUCUGAAGAACAUGACGUUUUACGCAUAAAAUUUUUGGGCGAUUGCUAUUAUUGUGUGAGUGGUGUUCCGAAACCGACUGCCCAGCACGCUAAGAAUUGCGUCGACCUUGGACUUGAAAUGAUCCACAUCAUUAAAGAUGUUAGAGAAAAGCGCUCGUUGAAUAUUGAUAUGAGAAUUGGUGUGCACUCAGGGAAAAUUCUAAGCGGUUUGAUCGGCAUUCGGAAAUGGCAAUUCGAUAUCUGGUCGAAGGAUGUCACUAUUGCAAAUAAAAUGGAAUCUACUGGCAAAGCAGGAAAAGUACACGUAACAAAGCAAACGCUAGAACUGCUUUUGAAUUAUGCACGAGAAUAUAUUAUUGAGCCGAACUUUGCGUCUCAAAGCGACCCGUUUAUAAUGAAGAAUAAGCUGGAAACAUUUCUACUCUCGAGACCACCGAAGCCUCCAGCGGAUUACAAACCAUUUCGAAGAGCUUCUGUUGGCUUCAACAAAAUAAUCACCUCUCGCUCGCGUGGUAGACGAUCGGAAAAUACAAGAUCAUCAACCUUUCGAGGAACGACUGCCUUUAUGGAUGAAAAUUUAGUUGAAUACCAACAAAUGCUUAAAGCAGCAGAUGCUCAAAUGGCUAAGGAAAUUGAAGACAUGACUAAUGGAAAAAAUCGUCUAGAUUAUUUAUGGCAAAUACAGUUAAGUGAAGAACAGGAUGAAGCUGAGACUAUGUUAAAAGUUAACACCAUGCUGUUGGAAAAUAUUUUACCCGCACACGUUGUGCAAGUAUACUUGGAUCUGAAUAGGUCUCUAGAUGAGUUAUAUUAUGAGAAGUAUGAUAACGUGGCAGUUAUGUUUGCGUCCCUAACAGAUUAUAAAUUGGGCCUAGAAAAUGAUGAAGACUUAAGUGAUAAAUUUGUUUUAAGUAUUUUAGAUGAAGUCAUAUCCGACUUUGAUAGACUUUUACUGACUGGAAGUUCAGUUCACAAAGUUGAGAAAAUCAAAAUGGCAGGCUGGACAUAUAUGGCGGCCUGUGGAUUGGACCCCAAUAGGCGUGAUUCCUUUGACUCUUCCUCCUAUACUUCAUUAGUAGACAAAAACAAAAAUACACCAUACAAUCGAGCAAUCGUACUUACUAUGGUUGAAUUUGCCGCAGCAAUGAUGAUGCAAUUGCAAAAUUUCAACCGCGGCUCAUUUCAAAGUUUUGAAGGAUUAAGCCUACGGAUUGGUAUAUCUAACGGGGAAGUUGCUGCAGGUGUGGUCGGUUCGCUUAAGCCUCUCUAUGAUAUAUGGGGUAACGCUGUUAAUAUGGCGUCUCGUAUGGACUCUACGGGAGAAACCGGCAGAAUACAAGUAACAGAAAACACAGCAAUAAUUUUAGAUGAAUGUGGAAUUCUUACGACUUAUCGAGGAGAAACUUUCGUAAAAGGCAGAGGGUAUAUAAAAACUUAUUUUGUACCACUGGAUGAACAUUUUAAUUUAGUUAAAAAACAACAUUCUUUUGAAUACUAUAAUUCUGACAAAAUAGGACGCCAAUUUAGACCUUCUAAAAUUACUUUGACUUCGGACGAAACGGAAACAAUUGAGACAGUAUCAGAAAACUCCACGAAUGAUAUAAAACUUUCAGCUGAUGAAGAUGACAUUGAGGUUGAUAUAGAUGAAGUAAAUUCUAAUAGCUUUAACUUUAAGUUUAGCUCUGAUUUAAGCCAUAGAAGAGAGCCUAUACCACUUGGGGAUGAAACAAGUUAUUCUUUCACAGAGCCUGAUAUUAUAGAAACUCGUUGU